AUGAUGGACAGUCAUUUCACUCAACAUAGUGUCGCACUGGCGGUACUUUCGAUCACUUCGAUUCUCGUCGGCUACACUGUGGGGAAAAGCCUCCGUCCGCCGCCACCUGUAGCCUCGGAAGCAGAAGUAAACGGAAUCAGUGAAGACACCUCUGAACCGACCGAUGGCGACCUGAGCGCGAUAACCGCAGGGAUCUUAGAACCCUGUCUUGGUGGUGCGAACGGACCUCAAGACACUGGGCGCGGCCAAAAUAGCGGCGUUGUGAGCGCACCGGCGUCUAGACGUAUCCCCCCGUCCUCACCCGCAACAGAUGCGGGCAAGUCCUCGCUCGAUCGACCCAGGUUCCCUGCUAAACAAGCAGAUUCAAGGCAGGCCACUUUGGCAUGCUAUAAAAGCUUGUCAAAGUCAAAUCCCAAGGUUCGCUUGCCAAGCCUUCUGAGAUGGUCUUCGUCUCAUCCCACGCAGCUCGUCAAGCACUGGGAGCGGACCGGUCAAGCCAAAAUAGCCCUGAAGGGCACAUCAGAGAAACAGAUCCGAGAUUUGGACCUCGCCGCCAAAGCCAUCAACCUAUGCUCCCGAAUCGUAGAAGACUCUGAUUUGAAGACAUCAGCUGUCCUCGCCAUCGGCCCGGCACCUGUGGCUAUCGUCAACCAGGUUACAGGGAAGUUGCGUCUGCUAUGA